CUCCGAAUGGACGGUUUUAAGCCUCAGAAGCUGGUAAAGCUCGACGGCAGAGUGGGCGAGGGAGGCGGUCAGCUUGUCCGAAUUGCUGUGUCGCUCGCAGCUCUGACCGGUACGCCCCUUCGAAUAGAUCAUGUCCGGGGCAAUAGAGGAGAUGGGAAGCGUGGUGGAGGCCUUAAAGCACAACACGCGUCCUGCGUCCGGUAUCUCGCUGAUGCCACGGCUGCAGAGGUCACGGGCUGCUAUGUUGGGAGCAAAUCUAUCGAAUUCAAGCCAACUACAACUCUCGCAAACCUAGUCAAUCGAAACAUCAGGAUCAAAGCAGAAUCCGCAGCCAGCAUCCUCCUCGUCUUUCAGUCGAUGCUUCCCUUCCUCCUUUUCUGCGGAGACGAUAGCGGAUCUCCAAUUACAGCCACGAUUCAGGGUGGUACUAAUGUCCGUUUCUCACUCUCUUUUGAGUACUUCGAUCAAGUACUCGCUCCUGCUCUUGAGAGAUUUGGGGUCAAGAUCGACAGAAAACUCGAUUCCCGGGGCUGGUCUCUGGGAGCUACAAAUGUAGGCUCUGCCACGUUCAGGUUUGUCCCUCUUACCCCCGGACAGACGCUCAAAGCACCUGUGUGGCCAGUGGAGCGUGGAGAAAUCACCGAGAUUGAUAUUACGAUCCUUGUUCCGGCGGAUACAAUAGAGGCUUUCAAAAAAGCUCUCGUUUUUAGGAUUGACCAGGUACUUCCUGGCGUCGGGACGAAUUAUCAUCUUGUGGAAGACAGCCGGCAUAGGACACGGAUAUAUACUCUUUUGGUAGCUCAUACAUCAACGGGCUUGCGAUUUGGAUGCGAUUGGCUGUAUGAUAGAAAGGCGACGGGUAAGACCCCAGACGACAUAGCCACAGAAGUCGCGGAGAAAGUCGUGGCCAAGCUUGAUGCAGAAGUCCAGAAAGGUGGUCUUGUGGAUGAGUACCUCCAGGAUCAAUUGGUCGUAUUCCAAGCUCUGGCAGAAGGGAGCUCAAGUAUACCCGGGAAUUCAGAGGCUUUGUCUUCGGAGGGGAAUCAAGUUGAUCGAACAGACGAACCAUUUGGUGAUGGUAGUCAACAUACAACGACUGCCAGAUGGGUCACCAGUCAACUACUCCCACAUACCAAAUGGAUCGACAAAGGACGGAUCUGCAAAGGUGCUGGCUGGAAGGCAUUGUGAACCGACCCUUGAGCUUUUAACAAUAUUCGAAAGAGGGUACGCCCAUAAAUUUGAAAAAGGAACAGAGCUUAAAUCUGGGCUUUAUCUUUGAAAUGGAGGCUAGUAACUUUCGUGGCCUAUUCAGUUGAUGAGAAGCAACCCGCAAGGUGUCAUAUGUAACCUAGUAUACAGCACACUAGUUACAUUGCCAGGGCUUCUAAAACGUACGCUGAAAUGGAGACAACAAAAAGUAUAUCCAGGCCAUUUUCAGAUGACCAAAAGGGAUUGAUUGCCUUCCGCU